ACAACUUUGAAAUAGCGGGAAUGUUUUGUUUGUAUUAUUAAACGCGAUUUUAAGUAAUAAAACCAAAAUAUCGUACUUUUUAAUACAUAAAGGAAGUUUGUGAGUUUAUUAACUAUUUAAAGCAUGGAUAACUCACAGAGUUCAGAUGUAUUCUCAGAUAGUACCAGUCUAUCUUGCAAUGGUUCUUCACUAAUCAUGGAUGCUUUGGACUACGACUCCUUGCUGCAUAAUACAAAGGAUUCACUUUGCAAUAAAGCACAAAUUAAAAAGUUGUCCUUUCCUAACCAUUUCACUGUGCUUCUUGAAGAUUGCCGGCUAUGUAUUACUCAAAGCCUAGAUUUUGUGGUUAAUAUUCUAUCAGAUUCCAAUAUUCUACCAAGCAAAUUGGCUCAAUAUAUGGAGAAUGCAGUGUCUCUGCUACAAAUGUUGUCAGACCUGAUCAAGAAUGUGGUGGAGUCAAUAUCUAUGUCGUGUUGCACCUUCAAGACUUUCCCAACCACUACUGGACACAUUAUUAUGCUGGUUUUUACACAUUGCAAGAAUAGUGAAGCUGUGUAUGGGGCCCAGCUGAAAAAUGUGCAGAUGCAGCUGAAGGAUUUGUUCAGGUCCUGCCAUGAGCUGCAGCUCACUUACCUCAUGGUGCUGGAAAAACACUUCAUUUUCGAUCUCACGGAGAGAGAGCAACUGGAAAUCAUUGUUGAAGCUUUAGACAUCAAUCUAAAGAUAGGAGAACUAGUGCAAUCCCUGGAUGUUAAAACAAUGGCAGAGCAAUGGAAAGCAUACACAGCCCUCUGUGAGAAGUACUCCAGUCAUCUGAAUGACAAACUAGUCUAUCAGCAGUGCACACAGACACUGUGUGCUGUGAUUAUGAAUAAUUUGAAAACUGCUCUUGAGGUAGAUCAAGAUGAAAAAGUAAUAAUGAGGUCAUUAAAAGUUACAAAUUUUAUUAUAAAAAUAAUGGUCAAAAUGUGCAUAAUUUUCAAACAUGCUUCACUGAGGGAUAACUCCCAAAUUAUUGAAAUGCUAAUUUUCAUGUAUCUAAAUAGUCAACCAUGCCUCAAAUUAGAGGGCAAACCAACACAACUCAUAAAUGGCAUGAUCACAAAUGUUCUCAAUCCCUCUGAUAUUUUGCUGUCAGAACUUAUCCAGGAUAACUCAUUUUUUGAUAUGGCUUGCAAACAAGAUAUAAAAAGUUUAAGCAAAGAUGAAAAUCUGCACGGCUAUAUACUUUUCAUUGUUAGCAUGAUGAAAUCUAUGUUGCAAAAUGGUGAAAAAUUACAAUGUUUUUCUAAAAGCAGAAUAUUGGAUUGUGUCUUUAAAGUUUUGCCUGAUUGUCAUGUGAUUUUGAACAUUGGCUUGAGGUUUCAAAACGAAUUGAACCAAUCAAAUUCCUGUGGAUUAUUCGAAUACAUGCUUACCUACACUACCGCCUUGUCUCUUACUCUUGAUGCUAAAGAAAUGAGUUGUUUAGAGAGCAUGAUGUACGAAGCUAUACUUGGAACUGAAUGCGUAACCGCAUUGUUCGCUUCGUGCCUAUGGACUGCAAUAGCUAGAAUAAGUAACAACAGCCAGUUACUAUUGACCCAAAUGCAUUCCCUGUGCAAAAUGUACCAGAAGUUGGAAAACCAUAACUUAUUUUCAUGUUCUCCACAAAAGCUAUAUAUUUCCCAUACUCUGGUUUCUUUAUUCGAGUGCAUGCGUCCAGAGUAUAAAAUCAAGCUAUCUAGACAAUUAAAUCCAAUGGAUAGCAAGAAUAUGUCGCUUUGGACUGUUUUGAAGAUUAAAAAUUUGCCUAGAGAAGUCCAGAGAAACAUUGAAGAGGAGAUAUUAGAAACUUACAAACAUCAAUCUAAGUCGAAUCUUGAUACAAAUGAAUCUGUUGAUAAUUUAGUUAAAGCAAUGAAGCUGGCUGCCUCCUUAUCUUUUUCUUCAGUUGACGAUGACGUAGAGCAGUGUGUCCUGCAAGCGUGGAUGAAGGCUUGUCCAAGGAAAUUCACAUUCCUCUCCAAGAAUAUGGAUUCAGGAAGAUUGUGGUACUUCGAAUAUGUUGAAGCUCUUAUCAUGCUCACUCGUGCCAUUGGGCAGAUGUUUUAUCAGAAUAGUGUGAAUUUUGUUAAGGUUCUCCAUGUGAUAUCAAAUAUUGCACAGAUAGGAAAUACUGAAUUAAACUCGCUACUUAUAGAUUUGUUAUGUGAAUUAGCUGUUCAUCCAGUAAGCGAUGAAAACAAACAUUCUAUUACUGCUCUGGUGAACGAAUCAUUCAGAACUAUACUCAUUCAAGAUUGCAGCAAAAACAAUAUUGUGAGAACGAAACUUCAUCAUAGAGCUAUAAAAACGGGUGAUAAACGAUUACAACAGAUUAUAUCUUCAUUGGUUGCUUAUGACCUACAGUUGCAAGAACUUUGGGAUAAUUCCUCCCGAUUUGGAGAAGAUAACAAAAAGUUAAAAGAACAAAUAACCAGUGCAGGUAAAUUGAAUUACGUCCAUAAAUGUAUGAGCAUUGAAAUCUUGAAUUAUCAAGAAUCCGAAACUGUUGAAGAAAUACAAAAGACUUGUAGUAGUAAUUUUGAUUUUGCCGAUCUGGACACACUUUUUGAUAACGAGAGCGACUCGGAACAACCUGUUAGUAAAAAAAUGAAAUUAGACGGUGGCGAAGCGCAAGCUGUAUUGAAUAGAAUAGAAGACGAUGUUUCGUUACUUUGUACAUUGAAGGAAAACGUGUUUACCAACGAACAUAGGAGGAUCAGAGAUCUCUGUGAGAAGUUGAGAAGCUUAGUCGAUUGAUGUAUUUACAUACUACAUACUCGUUGAAUAAAUUGUUUUCUA